CUGGAGGGCGGGGCCCGGGGGCAGUUAGGCCCCAGGCAGUGCGCUGAGCCUGGGGAGUGAAAUGCCUCAGGCUCUCUGGGGGUAUGCAAAGCGCAGGUGCGACCAGCUCGGGUAGCAUCUUCAUCGAGUAGCAGCGGGGCAUUUGUGGCAGCGGUAUCCACAACAGGUGUGAACAGGUCCCACCCGACUCCACCCUGGAAAGUCCUUUUGAAGAAAUGGCCCUGGUGAGGGGCGGCUGGCUAUGGAGACAGAGCUCCAUCCUCCGCCGCUGGAAGCGGAAUUGGUUUGCUCUGUGGUUGGAUGGCACGCUGGGUUACUACCACGAUGAGACGGCACAGGACGAGGAGGACCGUGUAGUUAUCCACUUCAAUGUCCGAGACAUAAAGGUCGGCCAGGAGUGUCAGGAUGUGCAGCCCCCAGAGGGCAGGAGCCGAGAUGGCCUGCUGACAGUGAACCUACGGGAGGGUUCCCGCCUGCACCUGUGCGCAGAGACCCGGGAUGAUGCCAUAGCAUGGAAGACAGCCCUGAUGGAGGCAAACUCCACCCCGGCCCCAGCUGGAGCCACCGUCCCACCCAGGAGCCGUCGGGUUUGCCCUAAGGUCAGGUGUACGAGCCUCUCAUGGAAGCCCUGUAAGGUUGAGAGGCGGAUCUGGGUAAGUGUGAGCUCAGCCCUUCCUGCCUCCUUUCUGGCCAUCAGGAUGAGCCUCCAAAGCCUCCUGUCCCAUUCCUUCUGUGUUCGUGGACUUCAAUGGCUCUCCUUUCCUCACUGGACCACAGCCCAUGAAAUCUGGCUAGACUUGCUUGUCACGUCACCCCUGUGCUCAAUGUUCCCUCUGCUGCUGCUGCUCUGGUUCUCGCUUCAUCCUGCUGAUUCUCAUGCAGUCUCUCCAUUCACCUGGCCAGCUGAUCCUCAUCCCUAAAGAACUACCUCAAAGGCUGCCUGCCACCUCCUCAAUGAGGACUUCCCAGGGCUUCAGGCACUGUCAUCCAGGACACAGUCCUCUGCCACUGGUUUUUAGCCCUGGCUUCUUUCCUGUCUGAACUGGAACUUCCUCCAAGGCAAGGACCAGGUCUCAUUUGCUCUGCCCAGUUGAAGCCCAGUAUAGUAAUUCGUGUACAGCAUGUGUUCAAUCAGUGCCCAGUGAUGGGGACCGUCUGUCCUUAACCCCUUCAUAAGGGACUGGCAUAAGUAGGUCACUGAAUGAGUAAGGAAAGAAAGGAAGGCACUUGUCUGGAUCUGUCCUUGCCUGGAUGUUUCUUGGAAUCAAGGUGUAGUCGUUACUUUCCUUACCACUAUGAUCAACUAACUGACAAGAAGCAACUGAAGGAAGGAAAGACUUCUGCUGGUUCCCAGUUUGGGGGCAUACUCCUCCACGGGGGCAGGCAUGGUGAUAAUUUGAGGCUGCUUGCUCACAUCUGGACAGAGGAAAGGGAAUGCCAGUGUCCGGCUGCUUUUUUCAUUUUCAAAAUAGUCUGGAACCUCAACCCUAGGGUAGUGGUCUCCCAUUCAGUGGGUCUCUCCUCUUUAGUUAAAUCUCUGGAAACACAGCACAGACAUCCCCAGAGGUGUGUCUCCCAUGUGGCUCCAAGUCCAGUCAAGUUGACAAUGAAGAUCAGCCAGCACACAGGUUAUGGGCCCCUACUCUUUCUCUGUCUCCAGGGCUCAGUAUAGCUUGGUCUGGUAUAAGUCGACAUGGGAGCUUAUGGUCUUAAUGGUCAAUUGCAAACUCUCUUCUUACUCAGUGAUGCUGUGUUUUAGAACCACUUAGGGACCAUACAGCAACAAAUGCUGAUAUCCUCUGAGUGCUGGAAUCUCCUAAGUCCUGGGUGGGGUCUAGGAACUAUGCUAUAUUUAUUUUUUUUUAAGAUUUAUUUAAUAUAUAUGAGUACACUGUAGCUGUCUUAGACACACCAGAAGAGGGUAUCAUCUCAUUACAGAUGGUUGUGAGCCACCAUGUGGGUGCUGGGAUUUGAACUCAGGACCUCUGGAAGAGCAGUCAGUGCUCUUAACCACUGAGCCAUUUCACCAGCCCCAUAUGCUAUAUUUAUAUGCAUAUAAAUAUUUUUGUGGUGCUGGGGACUGAACAUGGAGCCUCACACAUGCUAGGCAAAUACUGCUUCUAAUAUUGAACUCUAUAUAUACCCCUAGCCCGGAAAUCUGCAUGUUCAAGACUAACUCCUGGGUUAGGGCUCUCAGUGGUGGAGUACAUACUCAGCAUGUGUAAGGCGCUGGGUUGAUCCCCAGUACUGGGGACGGGUGAAGCUUCUGGUGAUUAUAGCAUGCAGAACAUCUGAGCCCACAAGUCAAUGGCUGUAGUUCUGCUUGAGUCUCCGGGUAUUACUGAGAAACUGAUGCUCUGAAAGGUUAACUUGAUUAGUGUUAUUCAGUUCACCACGGAGAGGCCUGGGACUUCAAGUGGCAAUGCCUAAAAAUGGGAUUUGAAAAACUAUAGACCUAAGAACCCAACAGUUUUAGUUGUGGCCAAGGGGUUAUUUGCAUGUAGCUCAGUGAUUGGACAGCACUGUCUCUGCCCAUAGGAGGGGCUGGGCUAUGGGAGAAGCACGAAAGUUUCAGUUCAGGAGGUCUCUGAGGUUACCUACCUACACGGGUUGCCAGGUGCUCUGAGUUCUCUUCUGGGCCUCCCAGAGCUGGAGGGUAGGAAGAACACAUGCCCUGAAGAGACAUGAACUGGUAUUUUCCAUCCACUCCAGAACCUCACUCACAAAGCUGCCAGCUCAUUGCAGCUUCGGAGCAGGCUGAUGUAGUAAUGUUGACCACCUGCCCUCCUUAAGGAUUCUUCAGUCUUUUCUAGUCUGACUUUUUCCCAACCAUUCCUUUGAAUUUUUUCCCCUCAAGAUCACUUCUAGGGUCCAGGCUGCUAAAGCCAAUGGCUUACUCCCUCGCCAUUGGCCAACAGGUUGUCAGAAGGCAUAUUUAGAAAAUAAAAUCCUGAGACCCUGCGGUCUGCAAAGACAAGAGUGCUAAGAGAUGGAGAUGUUGCUCAGUGGUACAUGCUGCCUAACAAUCAUAAGGUCUUAGGUUAAACCCCCAACAUCAGAAGGAAGAAAAGGUUUGGUAGUAUGUGCCUAUAAUCCUAGCACCCAGGAACAGAGGCUGGAGAUUGUGAGUUCAAGGCUAGUCUGGGCUAUGUAUCAAACACCCACUCACUCCAAAGAGCAAAUGUUCUACAGCCAGGCUCAGUGGUGCAUUCCUGGAACCACAUUACUUGAGAGGUAGAGGCAGGAAGAUGAGGAGUUCAAUGUUAUCCACAUCUGAAUAGUGAGUUCAAGGCCAAGCUAGGCUGUAGGAAACCAUGUCUCAAAAAUGGAAGAGCUGGGAAGAUGGCUCAGUCAGUAAAGUUUCUGCCAUGAAGAACUGAGUUUGAUCCUCAGGACCCACAUGAAAAGAGCAUUGCUCUCCUAUAGUCUCAGUGCUAGGGAAAAAGAAACAGGAGGCUGCUAGCGGCUUGCUGGCCAGUCAAGGCAAAUUAGCACGUUCCAAGUUCAAUGAGAAACUAUCUCAACAAUAAAGCAGACAAAGUAAGGAAGACACCAUGCUUCAACCUCUGACUUCUACAUGCACACAUGCUUCCUUCCACACACACUCUGGGGAUGAAAGGGGGAAGGAACCCUUAAGUAAGGUAGCUACUAGAUUUCUUGGUUCCAGUGCAUGACAAGAGUAUUUCCAGGAAGAACAGGGCUGAGAAAGUGGUGGGGGAAGGGGCAGAGAGGGAACAAUCCAUUUGUGUUCGUCAAGUUAGACACAAAGGGAUUUCUAAAGAGAAUUGGGCAACUCUGGUGUGAAGCCUAUUGAGAGACACAGUGAAAACAGGGGUAGGGGGAGUUGCAGGAGAAGGGAUUCUGACCCCCUCCAUGUUUGCUACCUCAUGAGUUAAAGUGGUAGGUGUGGAUUGACAGUCACUGUUAAUCAUGCAUGUAUCACUGGCUCCUGUCAUCACUAUCCCCUACCGGUGACACAAAUUGAGGGCCUUGUCCUUAAGUAGCACACAUUUGGGUGAACAGGCCAGAAAAGUUAAGAGAAAAGAUGAGAAGGGGCACUAUCUAAGUCACAGAGACCCUAGGAAGGAAUACUCCCGAGCCCAGGAGGGCUUCCUACAGUAGGUAGCUUUUGAGCUAGGAUCUGGGAGGUUGGUAGGGGCCUGAAGGGGAGGGCAGGACUCUCACCUUCUCUGUGCCUCAUCCAUAGCACUGGGUACUAUGGAAAUAGCAAUGCCUGCCUUGAAGGAUCAGAGGUGGUAUCACAGAAGAGCACCUCUCUUGAGACCCACUAUGCAGUAGAUGCUGGAUGUUAGUUAUGUCAAUGACUAUUCUUCCUUUCCUUUGCUCCAGUCCUCCUUUAAUUCAUGCCUAGGGCUUGGCCAGAGUUCUCUUCCCUUGACGAGGAGAAAAAUCAGUUGGGUUUCUCUGAGUGAGAGCAUUGUAGAGUUGUUAGACUUAUAAAGGGAAGUUGUUGAGGCCAUGGGAAAUUUGGACAAUAGAGAAGGUCAAGGUAAGAGAAAAGCCAUCAUUGGGAGCUGGAUGUAAAGGUUUUAGGGUAGAAGGGUUAUGGACUCUAUGGGGAGGCCAUACCUUUUCCCUUUAGCCCCAGGGAGGAGGGUGGCCACAGAAUGAAAGGCUCAGGAUCAGACCCAGACCAGGAGGUUCCUGGGUAUUCAACCUGACUGGACUUCCCAGGUACGCGUCUACAGUCCAUAUCAAGACUACUAUGAGGUGGUACCCCCCAACGCACACGAGGCCACGUAUGUCCGCAGCUACUAUGGGCCACCUUAUGGUAAGUGCCCCUGGUAUGCCAGCCCCUCUCCUUCCACAAUCCUGUGCCAGGCCUUGCCCAUGAUCCAUCAAUGAAGACUAUGCUUCACCCUUUGAGGGUACAUGUAUUUUCCAGAUCUCACUCUCCUGAAUCCUAGAUUCAAAACAGAGUCCCUGUGCUCCCCCCACUCAGCCAGACAGCCCAGCAAUGACAAUCUUGUGCUGCUGUCGACCCCAGGUGGCUAUUGUGGAAAUGACACUCUUCCUAUUCCCAAGGUCUAAUGUUACUAGUGUCUACCUCCAAGUGCUGCACGGAUUCCCCAGGUGCCUAGGGAUCCUGCGGGUUUCCUGCAGCCCAGUCCCAGAGUCACCAUCAGUGGCAUUUGUAUGAUCUGUAGGCCGCAGUAGGGAGCGCUCUCAGAGUCUCAGUUCCUCUGACUGGAGAGCAGAAUUCGUGACUUAACAUGAGAUUGGACCUGAGCCACCAGGGCUGACACUGACUUACGUGGUUCUUCUUACAGGUCCUGGUGUGACACAUGUGAUCGUGCGAGAGGAUCCCUGCUACAGCUCUGGCGCCCCUUUGGCCAUGGGCAUGCUUGCUGGGGCUGCCACGGGUGCUGCCCUUGGCUCACUUAUGUGGUCGCCUUGCUGGUUCUGAGCCCUGGGGCUCCAACCUCUGGAUGUGCACGUAGAACGCAAAACCCUUUUCUUCUGGACCCUCUCCUAUCUACCACCUAAACUCUGUCCCAUUUUGACCCCUUUCUCUCCAUUAAGUCCUCUAGGCUUGGCCCAUUCUUCCCACCAUUUAUCCUCCACUUAUCCUCCUUCCCUCUCAGAGAAAGCUAACAUCUCAGACACAGACACAGCGGAACGUCCAUACACCUACUGCCAGGCAACCUCAUAAAUCACAUGGGAAUUUCCUCUAGACACAGCAAACAUAACUUCAUUUGGCUUUAAGUGUCUGAGGAAUGGAACUCACAAGAGAGCAAACAACAAAGUUACAGUUACCUGUCUGGCAAGGAUAAGUGGGGGCAAGGGCAAGGCAGACAGUUUAGGUGCCUAAAGGAUCACAUGACAGUUGGCUUGGCGUUGUGGCAGGGGUUGUAGUGGCCUUAGCUUUAGGCGAAGGAGCUUGCUGGAUAAAGGCAUGAUGGGGCUUUUUAUGAAGUUUCUGGAUUUCAACUAUAAUGAAUACUUUGCUUGUCUAGUUAGUACUGGCAGAACAUACACCCUUAUCCAGAACACGGCAUUUGGCACCUUUUCCCCACUUGGUAGCUUCCCUAUGAUAGUUCAGCUAACCCUAAGGUUUCCUAGCUGUGGAACAGGUGAGCUCUUUGGGACCUCUGGCCUUACAAAGUUGCUUCCAUUAGGAAAUGCCUUUCUGAUCCCAGGAGCUCAGCUCUGACUUUGACUGUUAACAUCUGAAGCUUUUUCUCUUCCUUCACUCUGGAGGGAAAUGGAAUUAUUUUGCUCUAGGGCCUGACCCACCUUGGCACCAGCUUGGGGAAUCUCUCAUGUGCCUGUCUGUAGGUGGCAAGCAAUCUUUCCAUUUGAUCCCAUUCCAAACUAUUCCAUCAGUCUGUCCCAAUUGCCAAUAGAAAAGCUAAAAUCCCUGGCUCAGAGGCCAGAGUGCCCACUAAAAUUCCUAGCAUAUGUGAGGGCACCACUGGCUCAGCUGCAGACACUAAUAAAGAUAUGACUGGCCCCAGAA